UGGCGCAUGUCAGUGUCUAAAUUAUUGUGUGAAUUAAUCAAUCGAACCUUGCUUGUUUACAACAAAUAGCAAGUUAGGUGCCGAGCGUAUUUAUAGAAGUUUUUUUUAAAUUAAUACUGUUUCCUUAUAGGACAAGCAUGGCAUAUGCAUCUUCCACAUUUUCAAAGUACAAUGCGAUGUGUCAGAUUAUUGUUGACGAUUUAAAUGCAGAUGAUAUCAAACACUUGAAAUUUAGUCUAAGAAGCACUCUUACAAAUGGAGAACUAGAAAAUAUAGAAGAUGGCCAAGAUCUCAUUACUACAUUAGAAAAACGAGAUUUGCUGUCCCAGAAAAAUGUGUCUCUGUUGCAUAAUUUGUUGGAGAAAAAAUGCGGAAGAUUAGCUAAAAUAGUUGGUGCUUAUGACUUAACUAUCACGCCUCAAAGAACAUACAACAAAGAUAAAUACGAUAUAUCGUCAAUGAAUAUUGUUGAACAAUUUGUAAAGACUUCUGCAGCUGAUCAAGUUUUUGAUUUGUUGAAAAAUAAAGGAGCUGCAUUCAUAAAAGGUCCAAAUGGCGUAGGAAAAUCACAAAUUGCAUUUUGGUAUGCUAAUCAAUUUUACAAAGAAAACAAGAAAUCCGUUAUUUGGAGAAUAAACAGUAAAUCUCUUGAAAGCACACACCUUUCUCUCGCCACUUUGUUGUCAACAUUGAAUAAUUAUGAGGAUCAUCUUAUUUCUCAGAAAGUUCUAUCGCAAUGUGUGACCAACAUGUUUGACAUAGUCCUCAGAACACUUGAGUCGGAACAAUGGCAACAGCAUCAACAUCUUAUAGUAAUGGAUGAUAUUUUCAAUCCCAAGGAUGACAUUAUGUAUGAAAUGCUUCAAAGGUUUAUUAAUUUGAAAAACGUUAAUCUACUAGCAACUUCAAAUGUAUCAUAUCCCACCGAAUUAGCAUCAUCGUACGAGGUCCAAAUUUCAGGAAUGACUCCAGAAGAGGCAAUAUCUUUGCUAACAUCUGCUAGUGAAGAUAAAGAUUGUUUAAAAAAACUAGUAAAAAAUCUUAAUUAUCUCCCUUUGGCUAUAUCUCUGGCGUCGUCGUACAUAAAAACGACGAAAAUAAGCAUCGGGGAUUAUCUAAGAAAUAUUUCUGCAUUCCAAAUGCAGGCUCAACAAGAGGAUAAAAAAGGUCAAAAUCUACAAGCAUCAUAUGACAUGACGUUACAAAACGUUGAAAACAAUUUGUCUUCGCAUUGCAAAAGGGUGCUUUCGCUGAUCCCUUACUUAAGUCAUACGAGCAUAUCGGUUGAUGUUUUGAAAACUUUUCUUCCAGAAGAAGUUAUUGAAAGAGAACUCGAAAUCACAAAUUUGAUGUCAGCUUUACAAAACUAUUCUUUAGCAUCAGCAAGAAGAAGUGGUAACAUACGACUGUUAGAAAUGCACGGUCUAUCUGUGUGGGUUUUGAAAAACAAAAAGAGCUCUGAACAAGAAAAAGAAGACUUGUUAUGGUUGCUGAAGCAUUAUUGCAGAGAAAUGGCCAUUGACGUAAGACUAGUCAAAAAUGGCAACCGUAACAUGGAAUUUCUGGAUCACGCUUGCCUGCUGAUGAACAAAUAUUUGAAGAUGUUGAACAAUACGUCUGAUGAAGUUCUUGUAUAUGAAGCGUACUUGGCAUUAUGUAUUGGGUCAACUUUUAGAAUUUAUGGUCGAACAGAAAUUACUGCAGAAGAUUUCUUUGAAAGAGGAAGAAAAAUCAUUGCUAAGCUUGGGAAAAUUGAACCUUCCAUAUAUCCAGUAUCCAGUACGACAAACCGUUCUUCAGGUAGUUGUUUCCUUAUGAAGAAAGAAACUGGUGACAUGGAAAAUUUCCUUAAAGGUGAUGAGAUCAUACGGAAUAGGGCCUGUCAAAUUUUUUCAGCACUUCAUGAUGUUCAUACUUGUAUUACAGAGGAAAUGUUAGAACAUUUGGUAAUGAAAAAAUACAGGAACGACAACGAAAUGAGCAUUAUUCUUUGCAAUACUUCGCACAUAGAUGAAAAUAUGGGAAGAUGGAUUCCUGACGUCUGGAAAUCAGACCUUAUGAAAAGAGGCCUUAUAAUGCCAUUACAUGAACUUCGUGCAACAUUCUUGAUAGAGCUUUUAACUAUCCUCCUAUACAAUAGCAACGGUAACAACUGGUGGAUAACUGAGAGUGAAGCAGUACAUGCCUUCGUGGAAGGAAGGCAUAUGUCGGUGGAUUCUAAAUGCUUUGCUGAGUUUCAACUCACCUAUAACAUGGCUUGCAUCUUAAACACGUUUUAUGAAGAUAGGUAUCCUUCGUUUCGACCUGUGAUCGCAAAUGUUAUUAAACGCAGUGGUGUGUUGUAUUAUGUACGAAAUGAUACAUUAAAUCACACUGUUUCUGAAAUGAAAAACGUCAUCACAUUCCUUGAGGGAAUGUUAGAAAGUUCGCCAGUUAUAAAUAUAUUAAUUGGAGUUAUCAAUAUGCAUUCUGGGUUAGAUGUUCAUCAUACAUGUCAUGUGCUCGAGCUUCUUAGGGAAUGCUACAUCAAACUCUCUAACAUUGACGAAAACAAUCAGAACUAUUACAUCACUCAAGCCCUAGCGAAGACAAGCCUACUUGAAAGUUAUAUUGAAGAUUUGGAGCCAUGGAAUCUUUUACCGAGAAUGCAUUUGGCUAUAGCUGAUAUGUGUGUUAGAAUCAAAACACCAUCAAUGGCUAGAAAGGCUAAAAAACACUUCCGACUGGCAAUUCAAGACAAUGCAAACGAUGAAAUUACAAGAUAUACAUUAAAGUCAUACAAAUGCUACAUAGAAUUUUGCAUAUCACAAGGUGGUGGUAAUGAUCUAGAAGAAGCAGAAAGCCUUUGUAAAAUAAUGAUAGAAAAAUUUCAAAAUUCCUCAAAAUAUUCUUACUUCAAGCAAAAGUGUGAGAUAAUAAAUGAGUUAAAGAAAACUCGAGCAUUAGAAAGUACAAGACAUAAAAAUAGAAAUGACAGACCAUUUAUACCAUAUCAAAGCAAACUUCAGAUAGAGUGUGAUGCAGUUCCUGAACAAAUCGCGCCACCAGAUUAUAAGGGAGAAAAUCAAGUAUCAACACAGCAAAACUCGUUUCGGAGUGUUGUUGAAGAAAGAUUAGUUGGUAUUGAUAGUGAACGUCUGUCUGUCGAAAGAGAACGACACGAUGAACGUCUGUAUAUCGAAAGAGAACGCCACGAUGAGCGACUGUCUAUCGAACGAGAAAGACUGUCUAUUGAAAAAGAACGACUGUCUAUUGAAAAAGAACGACUGUCUAUUGAAAACGAGAAACUUAAUGAUGCAAAGAAAACUAAUGAAAUUCUAGAGAGACUUGUCUCCCAACUACAAAAUACUAGAUAAUUAUUCGUGACUGUGACUCAACUACACCAGUACAUGUGUAUUUUAUAUAUUUUGACACAGUUCAAGAAAGUGUAGCUGAAAUAUUUUCACUAGUAGUAAAAUAAAAUCCCAACAAUGUCUGG